ACUGACCGAAGCAAGAGCGGAAAAGAGCGGAAGAGAAGCGAAGUGAGCAAACGUUUUCACGAAGAUUGAAGACGUCGAUCGGUCGUGAUUUGGUCUCUUUUUUUGCACGAUGUCUCUUUUUGCGUGUACGAGCUGCAACAGCCGUCAUCCCUUCGAGCAACUUUCAAAGGGAGAUCAACUUUGCAAGUGUGACCCCAGGUCAAUUGGUCUCUGGUUAUGCAUAUCGCAUGGGGAAUGUCAAGAUUUUUUGAUAACGAAAACACUCUGGGCCCAUUUCAGAAUGUUACUGUUGUCAUUACCAGUGAGGCAGGACUGCCGAAAGACAUUCCCUUUGGUGACAUGUACAUAUUGUCGUUUAGAGUUUCAUCUCUUAAGGAAUAUUGAAAAAGAUCCAGUUUGUAAGAAAUGUAGUCACAACCUCAAGACAUAUGGCCAGCCAUCCUGUUGUGAGUACUGCAACAUUAGAGCAGCAUUUGAUGGAAAAAAGUGUUCCAGGUGUGUGAGUUCAGAAAGGAAGUAUGGUGCACCAGUCUCUUGUGAACAAUGCAAACUGAACUGCGCUUUUGAGAAGCCCAUGGAGUCGAGAGAAAAGGUGGAUGGCAAAACCCUUUGCCUCUUGUGCACUUUAUCUUACAAAAGAAUCUUGCAUAAAGCCAAAAAAGGAGAAAAAAGACCACCGCCCAAUGAACAGGAACAUCGCAAGAGAGACAGGAAAGACAGGCACUAUAAACUUGCUAAAACAGAGAACAAUCGCAGUCCCAUUAGGGAUGGCAAGCCACCAUCAGCUGCUGCAGCUGCCCUGGAGAGGACUGGGAGUGCAAGAAACAGUCCGCUUGCCGUCGCACUUUACAGUAGCAUGGCCAAUGAUGCAGCAAAUGAACCCAUUCCACUAGAGUCUCACAUCACAGAACUAACGGAACUUAAAGAGCAGGUGGUAAAUCUAAAGAAACAAUUACAACAAAAAGAACAAGCAUUAAUUGAAAAGGAAAAAAAGCUCACUGAACUAAAAGCUGAAGCAUGGGAGAAGGAAAAAGAACUCAGGCAGAAGAUCAAUCAAAUACAGAAGGAACAAGCCGAGCGAAUUGAAAAUCUGCAGGUAAAUAAUUUUGUAUACAGGUGUAGUUCAAAGCCAAGCUGGGCUUGGCUGGGGUCCCAUCAAAUUGACAGGGGUCAUCAUUGUACAUUUAAG